GGCCAGCUCUGGGCAGGGUGGGUGAGCUGGGAAUGGUGGCAAAGCUUCCAGAGAUCAAUCCAUAAAAAACUGAGGAGGGAAAAAGGGGCAGCAGGGAGGGAACGAUUGCUCCUGUGCUGUGUGAAGAGCUUUUCCUUAGCUGCUCCCACAGAUACUCUCCUGAACGUGUUCUUGGCCAUCGCUGUGGACAACCUGGCCAACGCCCAGGAGCUGACCAAGGACGAGGAGGAGAUGGAGGAAGCCACCAACCAGAAGCUGGCCCUGCAGAAGGCCAAGGAGGUGGCUGAAGUGAGCCCCAUGUCAGCAGCCAACAUCUCCAUAGCUGCCAAGCAGCAGAAUUCCUCCAAAUCCAAGUCGGUUUGGGAGCAGAGGACGAGCCAGAUCCGGAUGCACAACUUCCGAGCCAGCUGCGAGGCGCUGUACAACGAGCUGGACCCCGAGGAGCGCGUCCGCUACGCCACCACCCUGCACAUCCGUCCCGACAUGAAAACCCACCUGGACCGGCCGCUGGUCGUGGAGCCCCGCAGCGAGGGCAGGAACAACCUCACCAAGCUGAGCCCCGUGGAUGUCCAGGAGGUGGUGGAGCACCCCAAACCCACCUCUGCCGAUGGGGCAGAAGCGCCAAGGAAGCACCACCGCCAUCGGGAGAAGGAGAAGCUGGGAGAGCAGGAGAAGGGAGAUGUCACCAAGGAGGAGAGCGGCGAAGCCGGGGCUGGCACCAAGGAGGAGCGGCACCGGCAGCACCGGAGCCGCAGCAAGGAGGUGGAAGGGGGCAGCAAGGAAGGGAAGAGCGACCGUAGCAGGGGGCAGGAAGGGGGCAAGAGGCACCACCNUGCUGUGGAGAACCAGUGUGAGCUGGAGGCCAGUGGCAGUGGCAGUGGGCCUGGCAGUGUCCCUGUGCACACCCUGCCCAGCACUUACCUGCAGAAGGUGCCUGAGCAGCCGGAGGAUGCCGACAACCAGAAGAACGUGACCAGGAUGAUUCAGCCCCCCCUGGACAAAACCACCACUGUGAACAUCCCUGUCACCAUCACUGCCCCUCCAGGGGAAACCACUGUCAUCCCAAUGAACAACGUGGAGUUUGAAAGCAAAACGGAGGAGAAGAAAGACGUCGAUGACCUGACCAAAAAUGGGCCUAAACCAAUCCUGCCUUACAGCUCCAUGUUCAUCCUCAGCCCCACAAACCCGAUCCGCCGCCUGUUCCACUACAUCGUCAACCUGCGCUACUUCGAGAUGGUGAUCCUGAUCGUCAUCGCCCUCAGCAGCAUCGCCCUGGCUGCAGAGGACCCUGUGCAGGCUGAGUCUCCCAGGAACGACGCUUUGAAAUACCUGGAUUAUAUAUUUACAGGAGUCUUCACCUUUGAGAUGGUGAUCAAGAUGAUUGACCUGGGGCUGCUGCUCCACCCUGGCUCCUACUUCCGUGACCUGUGGAACAUUCUGGACUUCAUUGUGGUCAGUGGGGCCCUGGUGGCUUUUGCCUUCUCAGGAACCAAAGGCAAGGACAUCAACACCAUCAAGUCCCUGCGAGUCCUGCGUGUGCUCAGGCCUCUGAAAACCAUAAAACGGCUGCCAAAACUAAAGGCUGUGUUUGACUGCGUGGUGAACUCCCUGAAGAACGUCCUCAACAUCCUCAUUGUUUACAUGCUCUUCAUGUUCAUCUUCGCCGUCAUCGCCGUGCAGCUCUUCAAGGGCCGCUUCUUCUACUGCACGGACGAGUCCAAGGAGCUGGAGAAGGACUGCAGGGGCCAGUACCUCGAUUAUGAAAAAAAUGAGGUGGAAGCACAGCCCAGGGAAUGGAAAAAAUACGAGUUCCACUACGACAAUGUGCUCUGGGCUCUGCUCACGCUCUUCACCGUGUCCACAGGGGAAGGGUGGCCAACUGUGCUGAAGCACUCGGUGGAUGCCACCUACGAGGAACAGGGGCCCAGCCCUGGCUACAGGAUGGAAAUGUCCAUCUUUUACGUGGUGUAUUUUGUUGUCUUCCCUUUUUUCUUUGUCAACAUCUUUGUGGCGUUAAUCAUCAUCACCUUCCAGGAGCAAGGAGAUAAAGUGAUGUCAGAGUGCAGCCUCGAGAAAAACGAGAGGGCCUGCAUAGACUUUGCCAUAAGUGCCAAGCCCCUGACCCGCUACAUGCCUCAGAACAAGCAAUCCUUCCAGUACAAGAUGUGGAAAUUCGUGGUGUCCCCUCCCUUUGAGUACUUUAUCAUGGUCAUGAUUGCUCUCAACACCAUCGUCCUCAUGAUGAAGUUCUAUGAUGCUCCAGAAGCAUACGAAGAAAUGCUGAAAUGCCUGAAUAUUGUGUUUACAUCCAUGUUUUCCAUGGAAUGUGUGCUGAAGAUCAUUGCCUUUGGUGUGCUGAAUUAUUUCCGAGAUGCCUGGAAUGUCUUUGAUUUUGUAACAGUGUUGGGAAGUAUUACUGAUAUUUUAGUAACAGAGAUUGCGGACACGGACAACUUCAUCAACCUCAGCUUCCUGCGGCUCUUCCGGGCAGCCAGGCUCAUCAAGCUCCUCCGCCAGGGCUACACCAUCCGCAUCCUGCUCUGGACAUUCGUGCAGUCCUUCAAGGCCUUGCCUUAUGUGUGUCUCCUCAUUGCAAUGCUCUUCUUCAUCUAUGCCAUUAUUGGCAUGCAGGUAUUUGGGAACAUUGCCUUAGAUGAUGAAACCUCCAUUAAUCGGCACAACAACUUCCGCACCUUCCUCCAAGCCCUGAUGCUCCUGUUCAGGAGCGCCACGGGGGAAGCCUGGCAUGAGAUCAUGUUGUCCUGCUUGAGCAACAGAGCCUGUGACCCCCUCUCUGGCCUCACCAAAAAGGAAUGUGGCAGUGAUUUCGCCUAUUUCUACUUUGUGUCCUUCAUUUUCCUCUGCUCCUUUCUGAUGCUGAACCUGUUCGUGGCAGUGAUCAUGGACAAUUUCGAGUACCUGACCCGGGACUCCUCCAUCCUCGGCCCGCACCACCUGGACGAGUUCGUGCGGGUGUGGGCGGAGUACGACCCGGCAGCCUGUUGCCGCAUUCAUUAUAAGGAUAUGUACAAUUUGUUACGUGUAAUUGCUCCACCCCUGGGCUUAGGAAAGAAGUGCCCUCAUAGGGUGGCCUACAAGCGCCUGGUGAGGAUGAACAUGCCCAUCUCCCCUGAGGAUUUAACUGUGCACUUCACCUCCACGCUGAUGGCCCUGAUCCGCACAGCCCUGGAGAUCAAACUGGCCUCAGGAGGUGUGAAGCAGCACCAGUGUGAUGCUGAGCUGAGGAAGGAGAUCUCGCUGGUCUGGCCCAACCUGUCCCAGAAGACUCUGGAUUUGCUGGUGCCUCCUCACAAACCUGAUGAAAUGACUGUGGGGAAGGUCUACGCAGCCCUGAUGAUAUUUGACUUCUACAAGCAGAAUAAGAACAGCAGGGAGCAAGUCCAGCCCCCCGGGGGCCUGUGCCAGCCCGGGCCAGUGUCCCUGUUCCACCCCUUGAAGGCCACCCUGGAGCAGACGCAGCCCACGGCCUUCAGCAACGCCAAGGCCUUCCUGCGCCAGAAGAGCUCGGCCUCCCUCAACAACGGGGGAGCCCUGCCACCUCCAGAGGGAGGGAUCAAAGAGUCCAGUUCCUGGGGGACCCAGCGCACCCAGGACGUGUUCUAUGAAACCAGGAGCCCAGCUUUUGAGCGAGGCCACUCUGAGGAGAUCCCCAUUGAGAGGGUGGUAGAAAUGAAGGAGAUCAGCCCCACAGUUGCCAACGGAGAGCCCCAGCCAGGCCUGGAGAGCCAGGGCCGUGCAGCCUCCAUGCCACGCCUGGCUGCUGAAACCCAGAGGAGCAAAGCACGGUCACCUGGGAGUUACCUGGCACCCAUCCCGGACACGAGCCCCAUGAAGCGCUCGGUCUCCACGCUGGCCCCGCAGCGCCCUCACGCCAUGCACCUCUACGAGUACUCCCUGGAGCGCAUGCCACCAGAGCAGGGCCACCACCACCACCACCACCGCUGCCACCGGCGCAAGGAGAAGAAGCAGAAGUCCUUGGAUAGGGCCGCCCAUCACAUGGCUGAUGGACAAGCUGUAGCCCAGUCUGGAGAGUCUUCUUCCAAGGACAAGAAGCAGGAGCGUGGUCGCUCCCAGGAGAGGAAGCAGCACUCCUCCUCCUCCUCUGAAAAGCAGCGCUUCUACUCCUGUGACCGCUACGGCAGCCGGGACCGUGCCCAGCCCAAAUCUGCUGACCAGAGCAGGCCCACCUCGCCCAACGGGGGCCCAGAGCACGGCCCACACAGACAGGGCAGUGGUUCAGUUAAUGGGAGCCCCUUGCUGUCGACAUCUGGUGCUAGUACCCCCUGCCGGGGUCGGAGGCAGCUCCCACAGACUCCACUGACCCCACGCCCCAGCAUCACUUACAAGACCGCUAACUCCUCGCCCGUGCACUUCACCACUUUCCAAACCCCCACGUUCUCCCCGGGCCGCCUGAGCCGCGGGCUGUCCGAGCACAACGCGCUGCUGCGGGGGGAGCAGCAGCCGCCCCCGCCCGCCGUGGCCCGCAUCGGCUCCGACCCCUACCUGGGCCACCGCGACGAUGCCGCCGCCGACAGCCCGCAGCGCGCCGCGCCCGAGGACACGCUCACCUUCGAGGAGGCCGUGGCCACCAACUCGGGCCGCUCCUCAAGGACUUCCUACGUCUCCUCGCUGACCUCGCAGUCGCACCAAAUCCGCCGCGUGCCCAACGGGUACCACUACACGCUGGGGCUCAACACGGGCCCCGGCGCCAGAGGACGCAGUUACUACCACGAAGCCGAUGAGGAUGACUGGUGCUAGCGGCUCGGCGGAACCCUGCGAGGUGUGCGUGCUUAAUAAGGAUGAGUUUUAUCAUCUGGAGGGCUGGGAGCUCCCGUGGGGGCCCGGGGCCGGAGGCGGCCAGCAGGGCAGCCCUGAGGACUGCUCAGCGCCCGGGGCCGGAGAUGCCCCUGCAGCCUCUCUCUCCUCUGUUGUUCUUUAGUUUUUUCCUUUUUGAUCUGUUUUUUUUUUUUGCACUAGACAGAUGGAGGAAGAAGGCUCCCUCCUUCUGGGGAAGGCAGCAGGAGGAGCACAUCCCUCACUGCCCCCUCCCCACUGCCUUGUCUAGUCCCGAGACACGCACCAGGCGCCAACCCGGCUGCGGAGGCCAGGAGCCGGGAGAAGAGCGAUCCUCACCUUCCACGGUGGAAAAGCAGAACUGUGGGUCCUUCUCAUGAUUGGCGCAGUUUUGUUGGGCUAUUUCUUAAUUAAUUUACCAUCAUAAUUCCCCCCCGCCAGGGUGGGAGCCGGGGGUCGCAAAGGGACUCGCGCGAACAACGCUCGCCCCCCGCGUUUUGUCUCGUUGAGCGCUGAGAAGGAAGAGAUGCACCCAAGAAACUGGGAGAGGAGAAACACAGCCCAGAACAAAGGACAGUCCUUUGGGACUUGAUGUUCAGCCACUGCAAUCCUUUAGGGCAGAGCUGGUGCCGCCCCCGAGCUGACCCUGCUGUGACACCACUGACCUGGGGGUCUCUAAUGUCACUCACCACAUUGGGUCCUUCACACUGACACACGGUAAAGCCACAAGAGAGCUCCUUUGUAAGGACUGUUUCCUUGCUGCUGAGACUUUUCAAUCCAUCCCUCUCUCCUGUUGACUGCAACACACCCUCACUGUUUUGUCUUGUUUACAAUAUAAGCUUGAUUUAGCAAAAAACAACUAAAAAAAAAAAGUCCACAAAAAAAAGAACAACCCAAACAAAAAGAGGAAAAAAAAAGCGUAGGGUUGAGAAGAAGAAAUGUUAUUGGUUUUAUAUCAAGCUAUUAGAUAGAACUUUAACUUUUCAUUGUGUGCAUUUUUGUAAAUUGUACAGUAAAAAAAAAACCAAAAAAAAAAAAGAAAAAAAUUUCCUCUUUCUGUAGAGAAUUAGUCCAAUUGUCAUUCCAGGUCCCACCGUUUCUACCGAAUGCUCCAGUUGUUCACUACUAAGUGCCUAACCUUUGAAAUCUUUCACAGUGACGAUGCAACCUCUUGCUUCGAGGCAUCAGAGCUUGGGCGAGCGUGGGGAGGGCAGAGGGUGUGGGGCCGAGCAGCCGGAGCUUGGAGGGGCCCUGGGGGCACUGUGUCCCAGGCUGGGAGCUUCCAGUGGGGAAGGCAAACGUGCUUUGGGCUUGGUUUGGGUUUGGUUGGCCUUUUAUUUUAUUUUAUUUUAUUUUUGGUUAGAAUAUAGAAAUAUAAAUAUAUAUAUAUAGAUAUACUUUUAUGGGUGAGAGGGGAGUGAUUGCAGCAAACAAAGCCGGCCUUGUCUCAUUGCCCAGUGGAGGAAAUGCAGGUGGGAAAGGGCAGCAUCUGCAGGGGUGCUCCUGGAGGAGGAGCAGCAUCUCCCACAGGCCAGCUGAGAGAGCUCUGGCCGUGCAUCACUGGUGUGGAGGGCAGUUGGAGUGAGUUGUUUUUAUUGCCUGAUAGGAGAAGGUUUAAAAAAAAAAGUGAUGAUAAUAAUAAUAAUAAUAAUCCAAACCUCUAACUCUGAUUCUCAGGGAUGAGAUUUCUGCGUUCUUGCAACGACUUUUGUGUUGGCUGGUUUCUUUCUUUUGUGCCCGUGUGGAUUCCUGCACUGUGAGCCUGGGAAAAGGGCAAACACGCUGUGCUGGCGGGGAGGGAGGCUGGGGCAAAGCCCAGCCAGGACCUCCUGCCCAGGGCUCUGCUGAGCCCUUGUAGGGCUGGUUUGGGGCACAGGGCAGCCAGAGGACGUGGAGAGGUUAAAAGGUGAAAGGAGGAAGGGUGGGAGGUGCUGAGCACAUCCCUAAAAGCGCCACUAGGAUAGAGGAUAGGGUUGGAGAGGUGAAUUUUUUCAGAGGAUCUACCAGGCCCCAGACCUGUGGAACUUCUCCAGGCGCAGCGGUCACACGGGGUGGGUGGAAAUCCCGCUGGCCCUGGUGAUCUGUUCUGUCCCUGGGUUGCUUGGAGGGGAUCAGAUGCCACCAAAACGCUCAGGAGGUCUCUCAUGCUCUCAGCAAAGUCUGUCAGCCUCAGGCAGGAGCAGUCUGCUCUAGGGUGGUUCUUCACAUCUCCUGUAGCUCUUCUCUUGAGGAAACUCAACCCGGUUUUGUUCCCUCCAGUGUUUUGUUUUAAUUUCGUUCUGUUCAGUAGCAAUCUCUGGCCGAUCUCAUCCCUGGAUUCUGCUAAAGGAUAACUCCUGUCUGUAUCUCUGUCUCUGUACUCGUGUGCACUCGGAAUAAAGGCAGUGUGGUAGCCAGAGGUCACGGCUGGCAUUCCUGGCAUUCCCAAACGGAGGGCUAUGCAACCAGAUGACACGUCCGGACACACACCCACCCCACCACCACUCCAAGACCUUCAUCCAUCUGUAGCUUUAGCUGCUGGAUUUUCCUGUUUCAGGCUUCAGCACGAUUGUGACCAAAUGUUUUAUACAUUUUCCUGAAAUGAAGGCACAAACACCUUAUUUGAAAUUUUCCAAGGGAACGUUCCUAUUUUACUCCAGGAAGUCGAGGGGAAGGGACAACACCAUCUCUGCCCGUGCAUGCAAACACUGUACCCACACUGGAAAGCAACAGAGAUGUCUUUCUGUACGGAAUAAUUCUGUCUUUUCCCCCUUUUCCUCUCCCAUUUUCCAUCCCCAACCCCCCAGCCCUGCACUAACACAGCUUUGGGUCACCCCAAUUCAUAGGCAGAACACGAAGAAGAAUCUCAAGUUGUCCAAAUCCUCCACCCGCCUCGUAGGGGUCGAUGACAGUGACAGACAAGCCUGACCACAAUUAUCCAUAACCCUUUCCUGACAUUUUUUUACAGCCUCUCUGCUGUCUCUCCAUCUUUCCAAGAAUCCUCAUAGUGAGUUGCCAAACUUGAAUUGCACCGAUCAGUUUUCUGCAUCCAGAACCAGUCUCGUAGUGGCUGUACUUUGAAUAAGUAAUGUUUGCAUGUAAUAUAUAUACAUAUAUACAUAUCUAUAAAAAGUAUGUGCAUGGAAAAUGUUUAUCUUCGUACUUUUUUGAUACAAUGUAUUCAUCAGUUGUUAAUUUUUAAUUAUAUUUGAUAUAAAUUUGGGGGUUUGUUGCAAAACUUUAUAUUUAAAAAACAGUGUGAAAAACGAUCAAAGUUCCAACCAUGCAACACAAGUGGAACUUUACCCAAAAAAAAAUAAGGGAGAAAAAAAUUGAGAAAAAAAAAAAGGUUCUGUGAUUGCCUAGUUUGCUGCCUGAGUAAUAUUUAUCAGCCAAACUUUGAAUUCUGCAGUUGUUUCUACAAUUCCAUUUUGUAUGAAGCAAAGUCCUUGAAUUAAAAUAAAAACUUAGCAAAAAAAAA